CAAAAGUGGCAGACAUUAGCACACAAAUUGACAUUAUCACUGUACUCUUUAGCCCACCACUACUAUGAUUCUAUCCCCAUCGUUUAAAAUUCUACUACCUCGAAUCUUGUAUUUUUUGAAUUAGGAAUACGACACACCGUUCUUAUCUCCCCCUCAGGUAUAGUAUACGACACGUCGUAUAGUUUUUGUGUAAUACGACACUCCGCUUUAAGAUCUUGGUGCAAUUAAACUAUAGUUUGAAAAACAGAGGGAGUCUCUCUCUCUCUCUCUCUCUCUCUCCCACACACACACGCAGAGCUUACUCACUCAGUUACUCUUUCGUUCCCAAAAGCAUAAACCCUCAUUUUUCUCAUAGAUAAAUUCACACCCUAAAACUCGUUAGUUCUCUAUCUAAUGUUUACUCAUCCUCGGAAUGCACUCAAACUGUUUGAAAAAAUUACCCACAGGCACAUUUGUUUGAGAAACUCCAUACAUUGUGUAAACUAUAGUUCUUUGCACAAUACUUAUGAAGACCCAGUUGGUUUUUAUGCUCAAAGAGAGAAUGUAGUAUCUUGGACAUCUAAGAUAUCCGGUUUGGUGAGGAAAAACCAGCCAAAUGAAGCUGUAGAGCUGUUCAAAAAGAUGCUUGAGAAUGAAGAAAGGCCGAAUUAUGUGACGGUAUUAAGCGUAAUACGGGCUGUUGGUGCAUUGGAUUGGGAGGGUAUGAUGUGGGUAGUUCAUGCUUUGGUGAUCAAAAUGGGGUUUGAAUCAGAAGUGUCGGUGCUAACGGCUCUUAUUGGUUGUUAUUCCUUGUAUGAUAUGGGAAUUGUGUCGAAGUUAUUUCAUCAGAUACCUAGUAAGGAUGUAGUUUUAUGGAGUGCAAUGGUUUCAGCAUGUGUGAGAAAUGAGCAGUACUUUGAGGCAUUGGAGUUUUUCAGGGAUAUGCAAUGUCAUGGUGUGCAGCCAAACCAUGUGAGCAUUGUAAGCAUUCUACCUGCUUGUGCUGAUCUUGGUGUCUUGUCUUUAGGCAAAGAGAUACAUGGGUUUUCAAUAAAAAGUGUGUUUUAUUGUCUUAUAAAUGUUCAGAAUUCACUUGUAGAUAUGUAUGCAAAAUGUAGGAAUCUUGAGGCAUCAAUUCGAGUUUUUAAGGAUAUAUGGAAGAGGGACACGAUAUCAUGGAGGACUAUAAUUCGUGGGUGUAUUGAGAAUGAGCAUCCAAAAAAGGCAUUGUCUAUUUUCUUAAAGAUGCAAUUAUCUUGCUUUGAACCGAAUGAACCCAUUGUCAGGGAUAUAGUUAUGGCAUCCUCACAGGCAGAAGAACAUAAAUUUGGGCUGGCAUUUCAUUGUUACAUUCUAAAACGGGGUUUCUUGGCUUUUGUUUCAGUUGGAACUGUACUUAUAAGAAUGUACAGUAAAUUUGGUGAGGAGGAGUCAGCUAGGACUAUAUUUGAUCAGCUCAAUCACAAAGACCUUAUAGCUUGGAGUGCAAUGAUUUCAGCUUAUGCUCAAGGCAGGAAUCCCCAUAAUGCUUUCAAUACACUUAACCAGAUGCAAUCAAUGAACAAGAAGCCCAACGAGAUUACUAUUGUCAGUUUAUUACAAGCAUGUUCCCCAAUUGGUUCUCAAGAGCUUGGGGAAAGCAUCCAUGCUCACGUUAUAAAAGCUGGGUACACAUUGAACGCAUAUUUAACUUCAGCCCUCAUUGACUUAUACUGCAAGUUGGGAAGGAUAAAGCAAGGAAAGGCUCUUUUUGAUGAAAUCCCCACCAAAGAUUUAAUAUGUUGGAGUUCAAUGAUCAAAGGGUACGGGAUGAAUGGGCGUGGACCUGAGGCACUAAAAACAUUCUCGAACAUGUUGGAUUGUGGGGUGAAACCCAAUGACAUUGUCUUUAUUUCUGUAUUAUCUGCUUGUAGUCAAUGUGGGCUAGAAUAUGAAGGUUGGAGCUGGUUUCAUUCUAUGGAACCUAAGUAUGGCAUUACUCCCAAACUUCCACACUAUGCUUGCAUGGUGGAUUUGCUGAGUCGACAUGGAAAGAUAGAAGAAGCACUUGAAUUUGUAAGAAAAAUGCCGGUGAAGCCCGAUAAAAGAAUUUGGGGAGUUCUUCUUGGGUGUUGUAGAUUAACACACAGGUCUAUUGAGAUUGCAGAGUUUGUGGUUGAACAACUUGUUGCAUUGGACCCACAUAAUACUAGCCAUUAUGUGUAUUUAUCAGACUUGUAUGCAGAGCAGGGUAGAUGGGAAGAUGUGGAGAGGCUGGCUAAAUUAGUGGAUAUGACUUAUGAGAAGGGUCAAGGACAACUUAAGGAGUACCAUGAUUGCUUCAAAUUCAGUAGAUGAACAAAUGUUUAGAUCGAUUAUUUCCUACAAGCAGGAUAUUUAAGGAUGGAGUUAUUUUUACAGCCUUUUUGGCUAUGUCCACAACGUGACAACGUUGCCGUUUACUUAUCAUAUUCAAUGCUAACUGCAAAUGCAAACAAAUGUAUUGAGCUUAGUUAGAUCUUGUACAAUGUUGGCAAUAAACAUUUAAAAUUCAAUCAACCACAUUCAAUAAACGUUGAACUGAAGGGUGACAUUGCAAGAUAGCAGCCAAUUUAUCCACAAUUAUUGCAAUUUUUUUAAUAACAUCAAAGAAAAAUUGGUGAAAAUCAUUUAUUUGAAAUAAUUCUCUGUUAAAUGAUCCUUUUCAUUUCUAUGUCCUUUUUCUA